AUGAAGGCUGUUUGCGUCGCGUCGACCCUCCUGGGACUUGCCCUGGCUGCACCUCAGGGUGUCACUGACAAGAUUCCACCGGAGGGUGCUACUCCCGAGGGAUGCAAGACCAGUCUCGAUGGAAAAUUUGAGAUCACCGUCGCCCAGGUCUCUUAUCAGAAGAGGGAUAUCCAGCCGCGUGCUGAGUGUGGUUCCAACGGCGUUCUGGUCAUGUCUCUCAAGGAUGGCCAGACAUACGACUCUCUUGACCGCACUGGUUACAUCGCUUCCAACUACCAGUUCCAGUUCGAUGGCCCCCCUCAGGCCGGUGCCCUCUACACCAGCGGAUUCUCCGUCUGCGAGGACAACCUUCUGGCCCUCGGGUCCAAUAAGACCUUCUACCGGUGCUUGUCGGGCGACUUCUACAACCUGUACAACGCCCACUGGGCUGAGCAGUGUGAACCUGUCUCUAUCAUUGCCCUCCCGUGUGGCUCCUCCGACACUGCUGGUCAGAUCGGAGAUGGCCAGGUUGUUGGCACGACUGUCGUCCAGACCACCAUCGUCACUGCCCUCCCCGAUGGCCAGCCUCAAGUCAUCACCACCGCGGUUCCUGUUCCUGUCACUUCCUUCUACCCGACCAGCGCUCCCGUGAGCCAGAUCAGCGAUGGGCAGAUCCAGGUGCCGCCCCCGCAGACCGCUACCAGCGUAGCCACCGCCAGCGCUCCUGUCACCACUGCUGCCCCGGCCCCAUCCGAGACUGGCUCCGUCUCCCUCCCUACCGGCACUGCCGUUCCCAGCUCGACGGUUGCGUCCCCAAGCGUCACUGCUAGCGUCCCCUCUAGUGCCGGUGGUAGCAGCUCAUCCGCUUCUGCCAGCUCUCCGGCUGCUACCGUCUCCGCCCCUGCCUCGAGCGGAUCUUCGCGCACCACUGCCGCCUCCCUGGGCGCCUUGGUCGUCGCUCUCUUCGCUUUUGCUUGCUUGUAA